CCCAGCAACUAUCCUAAAAGCAACCCAAAUACCUUCUUCUCUUCUUUUCUCUCGGAAAAUGGCCGGUUUAAUUUCAAGAUCAGUUCCUUGUGCAAUCCUAGUAGUCUUGUGCACGGUGGUGCCCAUUUUGGCUAAAGAUUACACUGUAGGAGAUAGUUCAGGCUGGGCAAUUGGUAUGGAUUAUAGCACCUGGACUAGUGGCAAGACCUUUUCAGUUGGCGACAGCCUUGUGUUUAACUACGGAGGAGGCCACACGGUGGAUGAAGUGAGAGCCAGUGACUACAGCACAUGCACUACAGGCAAUGCAAUCACUUCAGAUAGCAGUGGUGCUACCACAAUAGCCCUCAAGACUGCCGGAACUCAUUAUUUCAUUUGUGGUGUUCCUGGCCACUGUGGGAGUGGCAUGAAGGUUGCAGUCACCGUUGCAGCAGCAGGAUCGAGCACAAGUCCCUCCUCCGGAACUCCAUCUUCUGAUGGCACUACCACUUCUCCGGCCGGUAGUAACGUCACCAAUUACAAGCCUUCAUCUAACAACGUACCCGAUUCAUCCUUAGGGAUCAAUAUUUCCCCAUUUGUGGCUUUAGCCAGCACUUGUGUUGCCGUUUUUGUGAUGGUUUUCUCAUGAAUUGCCAGGAUAGAGGCAGUGCUCUCCUAGAUCCCUCUUUUUUUUGGUUCUUGCUUUUCCUGAAGUUCUGCUUGUAUUCAGGAUUAUUACUGUUUAUCGUUACGAGCGAUUAGUAAUAUGAGAUUAUAGAUUAAGUAUGUGAUCAUGGUUCAUAAUUAAGUUUCUCUUUUUGUGCUAA